AUGGGAAAUCUUUAUCAAAAUUUGUGUCCUAGCUGGUGUUUUACUACCAAUAGUAGUACUGUGGAUAAAGGUAGAAUUGUGCUGGCUUGGCUUCCUAGUGCAUUUUCUGUGGAUGUGGUGUUUAUGUCGACUCAAAUGAUUCAUUGCAGAGUUUCACCUAUGGGACAUCUCCCUAGUUUCUUUUGUUCUUUUGUCUUUGGCUCUAAUGAUAGGAAUGAAAGAGAGGAAUUAUGGGAGGCUUUGAGGAGACACAGAACCACUGAACCUUGGGUGAUUCUAGGUGAUUUUAAUGUGGUUGUGAAUUUGGAUGAAAGGAUUGGAUCUACUGUCAGGUUGCAUGAGGUGCAAGGCUUUAGAGAUUGUGUUCAAUUUUGUGGGGUCAAUGACAUUAAGCAGGCUGGAAGAUUCUUCACUUGGAAUAGUAAACAAGAAGGGUUUCAGAGGGUGUUUUCAAAGAUUGAUAGGGUGAUGGCUAAUAAUGAAUGGCUGGAAGCUUUUGAAAAUGGGUUGGUUACUUAUCUUCCGGAUGGUGAAUAUGAUCAUUGUCCAGGGGUUCUUUGUAUACACAAAGAAAGUAGUAGGAAAAAACCUUUUAGGUUUUUCAAUAUGUGGGUAUAUGGGGAUGGUUUUAUGGAGUUCGUAAAGGAUGUGUGGCAGAGACCUGUGAAUGGGUGUAAGAUGUUCCAAGUUACCCAGAAGUUGAAGAUCAUGAAAGCAGAAUUGAAGAAGUUUAAUAGAGAAGGUUUUUCUGACAUCCAAGCUCAAGCUCAUCAUGCUUAUAACCAGAUGAUUAUGAAGCAGAAUAUUGCUCAUGAGCAAUUAAGGGAAGUUGCUAGUAUUGAGGAGGAAAGGAAAGCUACUGAGGAUUCUAAAAGGGCUCAAGCUAGAUAUUUGAGCUUCUUAAAACAGAAGGCUAAAGAAAGAUGGAUAGAGAAAGGGGAUGAUAACACAAAACUCUUCCAUCAAUCUAUUAAGGCCAGGAGACAGCAAAACAAGAUUUAUGCCAUUCUAGAUAAUGAGGGUCAAUGGCUUAAUGAAGAGCAUCAGAUCAAGGAAGCUUUUGUCUCUUUUUAUGAUGGUAAACUGGGUACUAAAAUGGGUGAAAGGUGUACUAUUCAUCAGCAGAUUAUUAGGCACUACUACAAAUAUGUGCAAAAGUAUCACCUAUAA